GCCAUCUCCAACACGCAAAAACGCAGCUAAAUCACACGCAGCAGUCGCGGAUCGAGCCAAAAGAUUGCAUUUGCAGCGAUUACAAAUAUCCCUUGCUGCAGACGCAUUGCAGUUGCAGCAUAAAGAGCCCAGCACAAGGAGCAGUGACACCAUGCAGCUCCCCAGCAUUGCAUUGCUUGCCACGACGAUCACGGCCUUCAGCCGGCCACCCCAGGGCCUGCGGCCGCCGACGCGGAUAAGUGCGGGCGGCGGCGACGCGCGCCAGGUCGUCAUCCUCUUCGGCCCGCCCGGCAGCGGCAAAGGGACGCACGCGCCGAAGCUCGUGGACAAGCUCGGCGCGCCCCAGCUCUCGACGGGCGACAUGUUAAGGGCGGCCGUCGCCGCGGGCAGCGAGGUGGGCCAGAAGGCGAAGGCCGUCAUGGAGGCCGGCGGGCUCGUCGGAGACGAUAUUGUGGUCGGUAUCAUCAGAGAUAGGAUCGAGGAGAGCGACUGCUCCAAGGGGUUUAUAUUGGACGGCUUCCCGCGCACGGUGGACCAGGCCAAGAUGCUGGACGCGUUUGUUGCGCGGCGUCCAGCUUACCUGCUACGGGUGUGAGAGUCACCGCCCGGACGUCGCGGCGGCGGCGUCGGGGCGCCCUCGAGCCGCCGGCGGUCGGGGCAUCGGAGCGUCGGGGCGAGGGCGACCGCUCGCGCCCUCGACGCCAUCGAUGCGACGCCUCGGGCCGGUGCCCGGACUCCACCGAGACCCCAUCGCCGCGCAGGUGCCUCGCGGAAAAAGGAGAAUGCGUGAACGCCGUCGUCGCGUUGGAAGUGCCCGACGCGGUGCUCACGGAGCGCAUCUGCGGCCGCUGGGUGCACAAGGCUUCGGGGCGGAGCUACCACGCCAAAUUCGCGCCGCCCAAAUCCCUCGGCGGCGCCGCGCCGUCCGUAGAAACGAUGUUGGACGACGAGACGGGGGAAGCAUUGAUGCAGCGCGCCGACGACACCGAAGAGGCGCUCAAGACGCGGCUGGCGGGCUACCACGCCCAGACCGUGCCCAUCCUCGAGCACUACUCUUCAUGCGUCGCGCGCGUCGACGCGAACCAGGGCCUCGACGAGGUCUGGGCGGCCAUCGACAAGGCGACGUAGCGCGCUUGAGAUAAAAAGCGGCGCGUAAUUAUAUUCCACUA